GGUUACUGUAGUGCCUGGCCAGGGUGGGCGGUUUCAGUCAGUGUUCUUCCCCUAACAAUAGAAUAUAAAGGUAAAAGUAAAAGAAACAGCUCUAAUAUGGUGUCAGAUUUGUUAUUCCCUAUUACAAUCAUAAACAAUUUAAAUGUCAGUGAGUUUUUGGAAGGUGAAACACUUCUAUGAGAAAAAGCCAAUAUAAAUUCUUAAAGGAUUAGCUGGACUGAAUUAUUUAGGCUGGUCUGUUCAACAAGUGCAGCCAGAUGCUGAAUGUGACGAGUAAGUAAAACACUGAUUUUUAUUACUGAGAUGGCCUUGCCCCAAAGAUCCAAAUUGAUUUUCAAAGACUGUCUGAGAUAGGUACAGAUAUUUAAGGUGAACAGACAAAACUCACAAGACUUGGUUUUCACGGAAUGUCACUUUAUGAAACAAAGAGAGGGACUUUUUCGUUCUCAAAGCACCCAUGGUCAUCGAGAGCUAGCCCUGGGGAUCAAUGAUGCCACAUGACUGGGCUGGGUACAGUAAGGUCAGCUGAAGUUGUGGUCUUUAACCCGGGGCCCCAGCUCCAGCCUAGCAGCCCCUGGACACAUGAAAUCUUUCCAAAGGCAUGGGGGUGGGUGGUGGUUAGGAAAGAAAUUGCCAGACUCCAUAAGUAUUCUUUAAAGUUGAUCACCUUUCACUAUACAAUGAACAGAAUCCAUCCCUCCCACACUUUUUUUUUUUAAGCAAGCUUGACCUUUCAACUUGCCCUUUCAAUGUAGAUCCAAAAUCCACAUAGGCCUUGGGAGACGGUCCCUAGAGAAGAUACAAGAAGAGCAUCAGGAAAAAAAAAAAAGUGUUGAUCCAAUACACUGACAGCAAGUCUCUCUGCUUUAUCCUUCAACCUUAGAAAUUUAAAUAUUUAAGGUAUACAAAAGGGCUCGGGGGACUGUGAACUUCCUUCAAAGCACAUCCCCUCUGCAUCUUCACCAUUCUCAGCAAUGGGAUGUAUAGUGAUGAGCACUGUUAUGUAUUGUAUUCACCGGGUUUUGGUCUAAUUUGUAUGUUUUGCCUGAUUCCAAGGCGGUGUUGGAGGAGAACUCUGCAUUUCUGCCAACUAGUCAGCACUACAGUGUCAAGUAAAAGGAAGGUAUAUUGGAGGAAGAAGAUGGUUCUUUCUGACUUGGAUAUCGAAGAACCUAAUUCACCUGAAUCCAGUCUAAAUGGAAGUGAUGAUCCGGUGGGGGAAUGUGAAACUGAGUCCAAGAGCAACCUGUACAGCCAAUAUGAGGAGAAGGUGCGGCCCUGCAUUGACCUCAUCGACUCCCUGCGGGCCCUGGGUGUGGAGCAGGACCUGGCCUUGCCAGCCAUCGCCGUCAUCGGGGACCAGAGCUCGGGCAAGAGCUCUGUGCUGGAGGCUCUGUCUGGGGUCGCCCUCCCCAGGGGCAGUGGUAUUGUUACAAGAUGUCCUCUCGUGCUGAGGCUGAAAAAACUUGGGAAUGAAGGCGAGUGGAAAGGCAAAGUCAGCUUCCUGGACAAAGAGAUUGAGAUUUCAGAUGCUUCACGGGUGGAAAAGGAAAUCAGUGACGCCCAGAUUGCCAUCGCUGGGGAAGGCAUGGGGAUCAGUCAUGAGCUGAUUAGUCUGGAGGUCAGCUCCCCUCAUGUCCCAGAUCUGACCCUGAUAGACCUUCCUGGCAUCACCAGGGUUGCUGUGGGCAACCAGCCGUUCGACAUUGAAUAUCAGAUCAAGUCUCUCAUCAGGAAGUAUAUCCUUAGGCAGGAGACCAUCAACUUGGUGGUGGUCCCUGCUAACGUGGACAUCGCCACCACAGAGGCGCUGCGCAUGGCUCAGGAGGUGGACCCCCAGGGAGAUAGGACCAUAGGAAUCUUGACAAAGCCUGAUCUGGUGGACAAAGGCACGGAAGACAAGGUCGUGGACGUGGUGAGAAACCUGGUCUUCCACCUGAAGAAGGGCUACAUGAUCGUCAAGUGCCGUGGCCAGCAGGACAUCCAGAAUCGACUGAGCCUGGCCAAGGCCCUGCAGAGAGAGCAGGCAUUCUUCGAGGAUCACGCACAUUUCAGGGAACUUCUGGAGGAAGGGAGGGCCACUGUCCCCUGCCUGGCAGAAAGACUGACCAAUGAACUCAUCAUGCACAUUUGUAAAACUCUGCCCCUGUUGGAAAAUCAAAUAAAGGAGACUCACCAGAGAAUAACAGAAGAGUUACAGAAAUAUGGCAAGGACAUCCCAGAAGAAGAAAGUGAGAAAAUGUUCUCCCUGAUAGAGAAAAUUGAUACAUUUAAUAAAGAUAUCAUCUCAAGAAUAGAAGGGGAGGAAUUUGUGGGGCCGCUUGAGUCCCGACUGUUUACCCAAGUACGAGCCGAGUUCUGCAAAUGGAGUUCUGUGGUUGAGAAAAAUUUCCAGCAAGGUGAGCCUGAGGCACCACGGUAAACACGUCAAAUUGAGCUGAAUCCAAGGCUGGGGGAGGUGGGUGAUGACGGUGGUCAAGGACAGUCAGAGUAAGGACUUGGUAGUGUGAAAACCACAUGUGCUGUUUCAAGUCCCUGAACUCUGGCCAGCAGGCGUCAGGUACAGAUUUCAGAGGACACCUAGAGAGAAGAUGCGGAUUCAAUGGCCCAUGUCAAUCAUGACUCUUGGAAGAAUCAGUUUUCCCCCAAUAGUGAGCAGGUGAGCCUGCCAUGUGUAUCAUGCCCUUUAGGUUCCCGAUGGUGCUGCCCCAGAAAUAACCCAGGUUCCAUCUUGGUUAAUCCACUGAGGCCUUGAAACCUGAUGUGUCCUGUAAUGGAUCUUAUAGUGACUGUUUAGUUGCUCAGUCAUCCGACUCUUUGCAACCCCAUGGACUAUAACCUGCCAGGCUCUUCUGUCCAUGGGAUUUCCCA